AUGGCCACCAUCCUCUGUUUCCAGACUCCUGGCCCCCAGGCUGUAUACCUGGUGGUACCCAGUCUGCUGAAGAUCAGGGCAUCCAGAAGGGGUGAGACGUCACGUGUCCUUGAGGAUCGGAAGAGCAGUCCACCUGCGCGCGGGGAGCGGGCCACAUGGCUAGGUGCUGGGACACCACUCAAUGCCCCGGGAAGAUCCGCGGGACGGAAGAGCGCCCCCUGGAAGCCAGGGGAGGUGCGGGUCACGCCUCCUCCUGGCCACGCCCUCCCGCCCCCGCGGAAGGGAAGGCGAUGGCGCCUCCCGCGGCAGGAGUCUUUUCUCCACGGCCUCUGCCGCCCCCUGCGUCCCCACCCAGGCUUCGGAGAGUCUGACUCAGCCGAGCUCGCAUCGCUUCACCUCCUACCACGCACCCGGAGCGCGCGGAGAAAUUACAGGAUUGCAGGGGCACGGCUAAUGCGCUCUAAUUACCCACCGCCGCUCUCCUCCGCGGCGCUCUGCUGCGCUGGGCCAACGCGCCCUAAUUAGGCCGCCCCUCCCCGGUCCCAGAACCCGUCCCCAGUCCCCAGUCCCCAGGAGCGCGCGCGUUGGCUUUGCCCGCCGACGCCUGCUGUCGCCUUCCUAGACUGCCCCAGAAGAGAACCCUGACA